AUGUCGAGGAGGGGAGGUCUGGAAAAUAAUGCGUCAUUAAACCGAGGUUGCCAAUUAGCGCUUUUCCAAGCGAACCAGCCUCUGGCUUUUCAAAUGGGACAGUGGAACCGCCCGAGCAAAAGUGUCGGGAUUCUGGAGGACAUUGCUGGAGAACAUGCGAGCGAUGUUCCGCUGGGAAUAUCACCCCCGCCUUCAUCUGUCUCCAUGCAAAUCGAUACCGCUCAGUCGGAACCCAUUUACCCAUACGCCCUACGCCUCGUUGCAAGUCUCCUCGGUCUUCUGUGUGACGUAGCAAUCAUGUUUGGUCGCUCGAGAUCAAAAAGCGCGAGUAGAGGACAAAUAGCAGAACAGGUUGCCCCCCAACACCUCCUCUACCAAAACACUCCUGUUACAGGAGUACCCGUCUUUAAAGAACAAAAACGAAAGCGUACAGGCUCGAUAGCCUACGGAACUCACGGUUACUACAUCACUCUCCCUCUCGAAUCCAAUAUGCAAGUCAAACCCAUCGAGCACUCCCCUCAAAUGGUCUACUACGGUCCCAGAGGACAAGUUAUGAACGUCCUCCCGUACGACCCACGGUAUUCACCCCAGAGCCUUGACCUCAACUCCCGCGGUCGUCCGCGCUCCAACACCGCCCAUGAGAAAUAUAUUGUUUCGCCGGGGGCCUCUGAUUCGGUGAUCGCUCCUCCAGGGGGAUACCUCCCGAACGAGAUCGGUCACGAGCACUCCAAGGGGUGGUUCAACUCGAUCAAAGACAGUUUUCGCUCACGCAGCAAGAGUCGCGAACGCGAUUCCCUCUCCUCCCAUGGGGUCGACCUCUUCACCAAAGGCAAAUGGAGAUGGACGUGGAGCAAGAGCUCGCUCGACGAAUGGAAAAGGAUUUACGCUUGCAAUCCUUUGAAGAUCCCUAUUCUUCUCUCCGUCGUGACCGUUCUCGCUCAUCCGAUUCUGAACGCAGACGCGACAGGGCUGAGGCUCGAUAUAGAGAUGUCAGCCCAGAUACAAAGGCCAGAACCCUAUACAACGCCCAGCACCUCAGAUAUCCCGACGAACGCCCUCAAGUCUCUCGGAUCCGUUCUGAACAUCACAGCAGCAGUGGAUACCAUACCGAUGCUCAACCCUCUAUGA